ACACACACACACACACACACACACACAUAUAUAUAUAUAUAUAUAGAUAUAUAUAAAACGUCUCCUGCGUAGCGGCUGGCGCUGCGUUUAGAGAAUAUUGCGUCGACCUCGAUGCUGGCGAAUAGGUGGUUCAAUACAUCGGCACAAUGGUUCUAUACAACGCCGGAUCAUUGUAGACAUUGGCAAGUGUGUUGAGAACAAAAGUCACGUCGGCGACAACUACGACCCGGCUGAUUAACAGGUUUAACUCCUUCACGUUAAUAGUACAGGCAAAGGCGAAUAUACACAGUAGAGGAGAGCAUAAGCCCUGGAAACUGUCUGUGAGCUAUUCAGCUUGUCGAAAGCAGCGAGUGAAUAGGAACUUCUUCAGAAGCAAAUACGUGAUUGCGGCGGCAGCGCCGACAGCUGCGCUCCAACCAUAACGACGAUUUCUGCGGCUGUUAAUGUUGGUCAUGUCGUAGUUAUGUGCCCAGAUGUGUAGUAAGCCGUUCGAAGAAGAAGUUAAAUGUAGCAGGGCAAACGAAAGGAUCGAACUCUGCCAAGGAGACUGCAGACGGUGUAAUAUUGCCUGGAUGAAAUAGUUGUAAAAUUAGGCGGUAAUAACAGCACAGAAAACCCGAAGCGAAUACAAAGGAGCGAGCUGGAGAAAUCGCUUGGUAAGAGAAAAUCCACUGUGUCAAUGUCAAGUAAUGUAAAAACUUAUACGCUCUGUUUCUUGCUCGCAUAUAGCUAUUUUAGUGAAGUUGUAUGCUAAAAAGUUACAUUGUCAUUCCAAAAACACGCUUUCCUACAAAAUACGGUGGCCAAUGGAAAUGAUGCGAUAUCAUGUGCUAGAACCGUUGCAAGUGGCGUACGCGAGCGAAACUUGCCAUGCUCAAAGUACUCUUAUCAUAGGUAUCAACAAAGAACGAAUGGUGUGGUGAAGGUCUUCGUUUUCGACUAAAGCGGAUCAUAAUGAAGUUAUGUAGUGAGUGAGUGAGUAUUACUGUGUGCUUCCAACGUCGAGGAUACAAAACAACUGUAGCACAAUACAAGUGCAGCGAUUGCGCCUUAUUCCGCGCCGAUUGGCGAGAACUCAUUACCUGUGGGUGACCGUUAAUUCCACUGAAUUGAUUUCACCUAGCGGAGCGACAAUAAAUACGUUUUCGCUUCACUUGUACGUUGUUGUUUAUAUAGGCGUGGUCAACAGCUAUUACCAAGAUGAGUCGACUUAGCGAUAUGGAUCUUCACCCCACCGUCAGCUUGAUAGCUUCCUAUUAGUGUGUCCAGUCAAGAAAGUGCGUACCCAUCCCUCCUCCUAUCGCUGCAGUUUGCCUCUUUGAAUACAGAAAAUUAAGGAAGAGACAAGAUAGGGCAUUUCUUCGAUCUCCCGGGGCCUUGUCGCGGCAUGAAGCCGUUGGCUGGCCCCCACAAUCGAACUCUUAGCUGUUGGGUCUCUUUUCUAUCAAUAACCAAGCAUCGGUGAGAACAUCUUCUGGAGCUCAACUCGAGCUUCCGAAGAAAGCAAAUAAGAUUCCGAAACGAUGCCGGAUGGAACUGGAUCAGGCCCUAGUGGGGGCGGCAGCUUUGGCGGAAAUACUGGCCCAGUAUGGCGUGUUUCGCAGCUUUACUAUCGACACGGUUUGCGCUGCGCUUCCCACCCGCGACAGAUGCUGGCCUUAUCAGCGAUUCUGGUCGCUGCCUGUGCCUACCCGCUAUGGCGGCUCAGUACGUUAGGCAGUGGUGGACACCACUUUCGGGAAGGUGAGGGCGUGUCACCUCCGGACUGGUUCCAUGGGCUUCCGAUAGCUUAUGUGCAACAGAUAAUUGUUCGCAGCGCCGUGAUACCUUGGGAUUCGCAAGAGACUCAAUUGUUGGACGCCUUUCGAGGCCCUCUGUACACAUCGUUCAAGGUAUCCGAAUUGGUUACCAAUCAUCAAUACGAAGACAUCUCAAAUAACACAAGACGAAAGAUUUCUCUACACGACUUAUGUCUACAGGUUCAGGAAAGUUCGUCUGGUUCAUCCGGCCUCCUGCCGCAAUAUUCGUGCUUGGUAGUUUCACCUGCGCUCAUUUGGCAUAGGGAUCCACAACGCUUCCUUCAGGAUCCGCAUAUUGUGGACAGCUUGUUCGGGCAGCAAGACACCAAGGAACUCUUCUUCGGCCUGCCGUGGCGGGAAACCGGGCUUAAGCGAAGCUGUCUACGAAACAGGCAACGAGUCUUGAGUUACGCUGUGACCUUGCUGUUGGAACGUUACGAUGCUAGGUAUAUCAAUUCACUUAGGGAAGCCAUGCUCAAACAGUUUCCUCUUGGUCAGCCGUCGAUGACUACAACUGAGAGUGGAAAUGAUACAACAAAGGGAUUCAAUCAUACAGCCCAGCGUAGCCACCUACACUUUCGGUAUGUGCACCAGUUAGCCGAGUUUCUACCGCUCUUUGUCGUCUAUCUAUUGAUGGCGUUCUACGUGUACUUCUCAUUGAGUAAAGUGGCUCUGCUCCGGAGUAAGAUACUUUUGGCUGGAGCUACUGUGGCAACAGUGUUCCUAUCAGUAAUUAUGACAAUCGGCAUUUGCCUAUGGCUUCGUCUGAAUCCUACAUUAAACGGUAGUCCGUUGGUCAGUCCACGUGCUGCACCAUGUGCAGCCUCUGAAGUACUGCCGUAUUUGCUUGUUAUAAUCGGCCUAGAGAAUUCGCUCUGCAUUACGAAUUCUGUUGUGAACUGCCAGCCUCGCGGCGCUAAAAUCCAUCUCGCACGGGGCCUAUCACGCGAGGGCUGGUCGCUCGUGAAAACACUUCUGACGGAGUUAUCCUUGUUGACAAUGGCGUUCUUUACAUUCGUGCCCGUCGUACAGGAAUUCUGCCUGUACUCUUUGAUCGGCGUUGCGUGCGACUUCGUCCUUCAGCAUUUUUUCUUCGCGACGCUGUUGUCACUCGACCUUCAGCGCAAGGAAAAGGACGACGAAGGCGGUGCGCUUGUUGGCUAUCCUCGACCAGGCCACCCAGGUACUAUCCGGCAUCGAAAUAAAGCUAACAAGGCGAUGGCACGCGUAUUCGCUGGUCAACCCACUCAAAGCAGUGUAUUGGACAAGGUUCCCAGGAGGCUACGUUUGCUCUACAUUUGGACAAGAUUUCGUGUAGUUCAACGAAGUCUUAUGGCAAUCCUAAUCCUGUGGAUUGUUUUGCUUGUGCAACGAUCGGGAGUCAUCGAAAGCUUUCGACCUUUGCACGCACAUAAUUUCACCUCGAGUGCCCACGACUCACUGGCCACGCUUAAUCUAAUAAGCGUGAAGGAACUUAAGGAUCGAAUGACAUUAAAUCUGCCGAAGGAACUGUUCGAGAAAACGAAACGCGAUGAUCGAGGCAGCAGUGCGACGAAUUCCGCUGUGGGCGAUGUAAACAAGAAAAAAAAUGGGGAAGAAGACAUUCUAAUGUUGAUACAGCAGAAGAGUUCUUGGAAAGAAUUGCCGACAUCACAUUGGACAACGCUGUUCGGCUUUUACAACAUGUCUUUGUGGGGUCGAUAUGUGACGGUUCUGCCCGAGAUCCAUGUGGCUAUACCCAUUCCCCACUCCGAGGCUGUGAAGUUUCGCCACCCCGAAGACGCGUCAUUCCAGUUUUAUCCAGACUGGUCGCUCCUGCCCGAACCAAACGAGUCGCUGGAGGUUCUUGCGCGUCCGCUUUUCAUUUUGUUGACGAUACCAACAACGUUAUUCAUUGUUUAUCUUUUGGCAACCCUGUACCGAUGCGUCUGCUCGAGAAAUUACGCGCAGUGGCGCUCGCAGUGGAGGACGCGUGGCCUCGAAGGCGCCAUGAUACCACCCGACGACGUCAAGCCUCCAGGACCCCUUUGCCAUGAAACAUUUCCCAUCCGCCUGAGCGGACACCGCUUGCCGAUCGGCCAUAUCGAAUGUUCCGUAAUGCGCAAUGAUAUCAUUUCGGCUAGUCUUGAUGGCGAAUUGCGCGUAUGGGAUGUCGCUACGGGCGAAUGUCUCAAAGUGAUUCGGAGGUCGCCGGAGACAAAUCAUAGUCGGAUGGAUCACGAUGAUUCAAAAGACGAGAUGUGGGCUAACAUUGGGGGUUCCGUAUGGGCAAUGGCCUGCUGUGGAAACUUUCUCGUCCUAUCUGUUGUCGCCCACCCGAAUGGGGCCGAAGGGAAGGGCCGACUUGAAUUGUGGCAUACGUUAGAAGGACAGCAGCAUUCAUAUAGAGAAUGUGAGAGUCCAAUCGUGGCCUUAGCCGCACAAGGACGUUUCAUAGCGGCUGCAUCAAUGUCUGGUCAACUAAUGGCGUUUUCAAUUGAGACACAGAAUUCAGACCAUCAAGCGCCGGCAAAGCAUAGAGUCCCGAGUUGUAGCGGUGCAUACUUGACACCAUGCGGCUCUCUCAAGGCCCACAGUCAGGCAGUGACAUCGUUAUGUUUCCCUGAAGAAGGUACACUCUUACUGACGGGGUCGUUGGACCGUCUCGUCAAAGUGUUUUCAGUGGAGUCUGACACAGCAACACCAGCUGCUACCGCGCCUUCUGGUGGUGUUGGUGAUGACGGCUAUUGCGACAGAUCCGAAACCCAUAGCGAAUCGGCUGCCGGACUGAGUUGCGUAUACACGCUACAUGGACAUGCCGGACCCAUUUCGGCAUUGCACGCCGAUGAACGUCAGGCGGUGUCGGCAUGUUUGCAGGGCAUGCUCUGUUUAUGGGACCUGCUCACCGGCACAUGUAUCUAUUCGGUUGAAGCUCAUCGAGCUGCGAUCUCUUCGGUAUGUCUAAGCGCUUUAUACGUUGUCAGCUGUUCAGCGCUUGAAGCCAGUUUCCGGGUGUGGGAACGCACGCAAGGACAUCUGCUCCAUACGCGACACACCGCAUGCCGCCAGGCAGAACUUCUCUCCGAUGACGUCCUAGUGACAGCCGGCGGUGAGCUACUAUUGUGGGACGUACAUCGUGCAGAGCAACUGCAAAUAGUUCAGCUGGGCGUGCAAAUGGGAGGUGAGACAGGCGUAAGAUUGUUGCGGAAAGCCAAUGCAAAUACGUUAGUUUGCGAUUCCGGCAGUGACCUCUGCGUCGUCUAUUUUCCCGCACUUACGAACAAGAACGAAUAAACCGGUCUCACCAUUACAUGUCAGAGUAACGUUUAUACUGAUUGAAUGGGUGCGUAUAUCCGGUGAUACGUAUGUUUCCAAAAAAAGAUUCUUACAUUGCCGUCAUCGUUGGUCGAAUCGUAGUCCACAGCACUGCCUAACACAACUACUUGAGUCAAUGAGAAAUAAAUGAAGAUAACAUCAUAGACCUAAUUGACAUCACGAUUUUGUAUUGUUUUAUUGCCAUGUCCAGCCAAGCAACGAGUACUAGUAACACGCGUACAAGUAUUACGCGCCAUCUUGCUCUGAAAUGUAGUCGCAUUCAAACGAAGAGAUGAAUGGGUGAGACUUAGGUGACUGUAUUUGUAAUGUACUAUUUGUAAAUUCGUUGGCAGCGACCUAAGCCAGCCACGUUCGUGUCCAUUUAUGUUCUAUACGAUACGGAUAUCCAUCUAUAUGGACUAGAGAGAAUGAUGUACUUUUCAAAACAUAUAAGGUGUGAAUUUCACGUGACGUUGGUUAUAUAGACGCCCUAGACUAUAGUUAUUAAUGCUCGAGAUGUUGUUCUGUUGGCCCAUAAGGGAAGGCCUGCAAAAAAGAACCUUAAUAAUUAAUUGUACAUAAUGAGUAUUUGGAGAAGCAGAUUUCUUAAAGACGGCAUCUAACAAGCGAGAACCACAUACGAUUGUAUUGAAGAUAUAUGAAGCGGUACGGGAAGCAGAAGUUGUGGCGUGAGAGAAAAUGAUCGUUUUCGGUCAAUCCAAAGAUUUAGGGAAGUGUCUGCCAUACGCGAAUGGGUGCUCCAUCAACAACUGUGGUAAAUUGUACAGCUUGUGAUUAUGCCGUACAUCAUGGAUACUUGAAAAUCUUAGCGUAUUGCCACGUUGAGCUUACCAAGUUCUAUGGGGUCAUUCUUAAAUAACUGGACUCCUAAAGUGGUCUUCACUAGUUCUUCGUUCAGAGUUUUCGUAUGUGAGUGAAUUACGCACCGAAUAGACCAACAUGUGAGUGAUAACCAGUACACAUACUUAUUCAUUAGAAAUAAAUACAGUUGAUGUUACGUAAUAACCAUCGGCACCUUUCAGCAUAUGUAAAAGCUGCACACACCGAUUAGUAGAAACAACAGUAUCGUUGCCUGUGCAAUGAUGAGUAAAAUCGAUCUUCUCUUAUACAACCACUUCCCUAUUAGAUGGUGCAAUGACAACUAUCGAUACGAAUACAACGACGUUGGCGUCGCUUACGGUGAAGUACAAUACGAUACGUUUUUUUCCUGCGAAAUCGAAUCCCGCGUAUUGGCGUAUAUUUGUCAGUAACAAGGUGUUCAUACCACUAUCUGUCAUAGCGUUGUUGUAGUCACUAAUGCCAUGUUUUUUUUCUAGUCCAUAUAUACAUAGACUACUUUAUAACUAAUGCUGUCGGCACCGCAAGCUGCACUGCAAUAAAAUCAUCAACUCAGUAGAAGACACAUGAAUUGAGGGUGAUUGAGGUGACGAUGAAAAUUGGAACAAUGAUCGAUAACAAAGUUUUUUGGACUUGGGUUAAAUUGGGGCGUUUUCGUGCGUCAUCGUUGCGCAACAGGCAACCCAUUGCUGAGAUGCUUUCUUCAGUUUCUGUUUUGCAUGCACGUCUAUUAUACCAUGUCGUACGAAACACUAAUAGUGGUGAUUUUUUUUGAAGCAACAAAGGCCUUUUUUUGGAUACAAAUCUCGCCUUACUGAGAUCUUAUCCCUCACAGGAGCUGAUGCGAUUAGAGUUUAGUAUUGAAUUUUCUAUUGUGUUUGCUUUAUGAUGAUAGGUCCUCUACUUAAUACGCAGCGAGUGAAUUUAAAUUUUGCCCGCGAAGCCUCUUGUUUUCGUACUUUUACACCUAUAAAAGAAAAGCUAGCUUUCAGCCGUAUGGGGUCUAGAAAUCGCUGUCGUAGCAUUGUUUAGAACGCAAUUGUUGUUGCAGUUGCAUGAGAUUUGAACAUAUUUGACUUGUCAUGCAGCCGAGUCUAAACGUCGUUAGCGAUGUGCGCCGAAAUUUAGGUGCCGCGUCUCGUACAAAACUCGAGCCAGUAUCUAGUUUAAUAGAAGAGGUGGUCAGUCGUCAUUUUCCAUUAUCCAGUCGAGCUACUAUCGAAUCUUAAAGAACCAAUUCUAUUAAUUUCAGAACCACUUUUGCUGCAAAGGUCAUGCCCCCAAUCGAUGAACCUGUCAUGCACGUUUGAGAUCCUUAAUUUCCAUAAUUAUCCAAGCGCUGGCGACGGAAACUAGACGAGGUAACUUAGUUGAGUGACUCUCAUCGAUUUUUGUUUGCUGGCAAAACUUUGUUUGAGAGUAUUAUUUUUGCAUUAUGACCAAAUAAAUAUAGAUAAACAAGUAUACUUAGUUGGCGAUUACCGGACGAACGAACUUCGAUGCUGCCCUUCGAUAGUUGCGAGUGAAUUAGCCCAUCCAAAAAAUUUACCUUACCUAUUAUAUUUAUAUAAUUACAGCUGUAUACGAUAGUGCGUCUUCAGUGUUGUGCCAUUUGUAAACAUAGCAGAGUAGAACUCAUAGGGGGCGAAAAAGAGCUUAUGACGUAUUAUAGUGGUGACAGGUAUAUGCAUAUUCUUGGCGAUUUACUGUGAUUAACAGACGCAUAACUACCUCGAAAUAGUCGAUUGCAAGCUAUUGGAACUGCGUCGUAAGUGAUGGCUGCGAUCGGGAGAAUAUUACGGCAGGCCAAGCGAGAAAAUGCGUAUCUUGACUGGCUCAGGUUGGCGAAAUAAAUCCGCAAAUCAAAACGCUGCAGAGAUCAUCGGUCGUUCGGGAAAGGAUUCAGUCAUAGCUAAAAGAGAUACUAAAAUCCGAUUGCCUUUCGGUCAUGGCAUUUUACUGAUGACUGCCCUGCAAUAAGAAAAUUUCUGAACCUCUAAAACUUUUUCUAUGGCAAGGAAGCCCCAUGUGGGCACUUUGCGAACGUAAGGUAUUUGAAAAAGUUGACAUUUAUCUGUAUAGGUGUGCAUAGAGGCGACGCACGCACGCUCUGCAGGCUUUUUCUACUAUAUGGUGGCAAAUUUACAAAGGAUAUGCUUGCAUUAUGCAACCGCGAUCUGUCAGAGUGUGAGUCGGAUGCGAGAUGACUAUUAUGCACAUGAAUGACAGACAAGUCGGAAAGAACUGAAUCAAUAACAAUAAAGAAACUGAAUCAAUUGUGGAUGCGGGUAUUUGUGUGGCCAGUGAGAAAUGCUCUACGGCCCCGUUAAGAUGGCUGUUGUUUUCUAGCGCUACCCUCUAGGGCAACGUAAGGGAGCUGUCCUUAGGUGAAGAGACAAGACAGGGUCGUAGUGAACCUGUGUAUAAUUAGUUUUUAUGGGUUGUAAUUGUUGAUUCUGUCGAUCUCAUGUUACUCGAGAUGCGUUAUUAUAUAUGAUAAAAGGAAAAAAAAAUAUACAUCGCUCGCUGUUGGUCAUUUAAGAAAUUUUAAUAUGGUAAAUGGAAGGACAAUUCGUUGCGUGUUACUGUUGCUUGUCUGUUAGGAUGGACUUACUUACACCUGACUCUCCGUAGGAAGAAAUCCCAAUUAUCGAGUCACUUUUUUAUUCCUAGUGGGAAUUUGUAGGUGCGCAGGAGUGCGUGAUACGGACGCUCUUAACAUGUUUGAAGUUACAACCGUACUGAAAAAAUACUUACACAACUGAAAAAUAUUCAAGAUAGGUAACUAUAUCUAUCGGCUGAAAAGGCAUUUUUUUUAGUAACAUCGAAAAGUCAUUCUAAAGGACGUAAAAUAAGGCACAGCUGUCUUCUUUGUAGGCUUAGGAUUACGUUUUGCUUGGUUUAUGUGGAAUGAAUGCAAUAAGACGUUGUAAUUUUAUUUGUAUAAACUGAGCACAGAAAACAAUACGAAUUAUUAAAAAAUGCAUCCUGCUUAUUGAUAAAACAAAAUACUAAUUAAAAAUAAGAAACGAUUAAUAAAUGAUCUUUCUACACGUGGUUUGAGGCUCAUUUCAAUGUAAUAUACACCUGUGUACACAAUGGUUAAAAACUGGCGUUGACCUAUUUUUCAUAGAGAAUAGUAACAUUAUUAGUAAUCAAUAAAUAUAAUUGACAAAAUAAAUCAAUGCAUUUUGUACAAAGUA